AUGACAGUUGUGCGCGAAGUCCCAAAAUACCACGAUACUGUGGAAAAGUUGAAUUCAACCCAGUCAGGGUUCAAGGCUCUGCGUGAAAAAAGACUGGGCGGAAGACUUGACAAAGCGACUCUGGAGGAUGUGAGACAAUGGCUUCACCGGGUCGGACACGAUGUCAAUGAUCUGAACCGUCUGAACGUAGUCCAUGUUGCGGGCACCAAGGGCAAAGGGAGCACUUGUGCUUUCGUCAACUCAAUUCUUCAGCGCUACCAACAGUCUGUUGGGAUUCCUCGUAAAAUCGGGCUCUAUACCUCGCCUCAUCUGGUUACAGUGAGAGAGCGAAUCCAAGUCAAUUCGGAGCCGAUCUCAGAGGAGAUGUUUGCCCAGUACUUCUUUGAGGUUUGGGAUGCUCUGGAGUCAAGCGCUAUCAAAGAAGGGCUUGACCCUGCCCGCAAGCCCACCUACUUCCGAUUUCUCACCCUGAUGGCAUUCCACAUCUUCAUACGAGAGGGAAUCGAUGCUGCUGUAAUCGAGGUCGGGGUAGGUGGAGAGCUAGACUCUACGAAUAUCAUUCCCCUGCCAGCAGUGACCGGCAUUACGACCCUUGGGAUCGAUCAUGUUCGUGCGCUUGGCGGUACAAUUGACAAGAUCGCGUGGCAUAAGGCUGGGAUAUUCAAAGCUGGGUCUCCCGCUUUUACAGUGCCCCAGGCCCCCGAGGCUAUGGAAGUGCUGCGUUCGAGAGCAGAGGAAAAAGGCGUCAAGCUGGAUACUCUUGCCAUCCAUCCUGCUCUCUUCGAUAUAAGACUCCGAGUGGCGGAGGAUUUUCAAAGAAAGAAUGCGUCUCUUGCCAUCGCGCUGGCGGCUUCUCUGCUGAAUCGACUCGGUGUUUCGGUUGAUAUCGACUCGGAGCCUCUUCCUCGAGAGUUCAUCGAAGGUCUCGAAAACAUGGUUUGGAGAGGAAGAUGGGAGACUCUCGUAUCAGAUAAACAAGUAUGGCAUCUUGAUGGGGCCCAUACGGAAGACAGUCUCAAACUAUCGACCGCAUGGUUUGCGCGAACUGCGACUCAAAAUCAGCACAAGGAUGGGCCCAGAUCCAUUCCGACGGUGCUCAUAUUCAACCAGCAGUCAACCCGAGAUUCGGAGUCCCUUCUUAGAACUGUCCACGAGACAGCAUAUAACGACUGCGGGAUCGAAUUUCAGCAUGCUGUAUUCUGCACGAAUACCACUUAUAAGGGAAACUCCUGCAAGACCGACUUCGUGAAUCGAAAUGUCGACCCAAAAGAACUUGGGAGCUUAAGUCUGCAGACUCGUAUGGCGGAGGUCUGGCACACCUGA